UGAGGGGAGACCCGGUGGUGAAGAAGUAAUGUUCAUUCAAAGAAGCGACAGAAACAGACUGUAGUAAAGUCUCUCUCUGUCUCUCUCUCUCUCUCUCUCUCUCUGCUGGUUGUUGGAAACCUCGACGACACUCGGACCGGUUAACCGACACUCCGCGGACAGGUGCAGAGAUGUCUUCACUCCUCCUGUUCCUCAUCAUCAUCCCCUACACGUCAACGCUAGAGUUCCGUUACCAUGACAACCGCGAGAUUGAGCAGUACCUCCUGCAGACCAACGCCUCCAACCCCGACGUCACACACCUGUACAGCAUCGGCCAGUCGGUCAAAGGUCAGCAGCUGUGGGUGUUGGCUCUGGGUCUCAGUCCUCGCCGUCACACCAUCGGCAUCCCAGAGUUCAAAUAUGUGGGUAACAUGCACGGGAACGAGGCUCUCGGCCGCGUGCUGCUGCUGAAGCUCAUAGACGACCUGCUGCGUGGUUACCGGGACAACGCAACAUGGGCGGUACAGUUACUGAACAGCACUCGCAUCCACAUCCUGCCGACCAUGAACCCAGACGGCUUCGAUGCAUCGGACACAGACUGCGUCUUCACCACGGGGAGGUAUAACUCUAACGGCGUCGAUCUGAACAGGAACUUUCCCGACCCCUUCGCUGGUCUGCGUAAGAAGUCGGAGCUGGACGAGGAGAAGAGAGAGGCGGAGGUGAGGGCUGUGAUUGGCUGGUUGAGGAUGGAGAGUUUUGUUCUUUCUGCAAACCUUCAUGGAGGAGCUCUGGUGGCCAGUUACCCGUAUGACAACAGCAACGGAGGCAGUGAGCUGAUGGGCGGGGCCAGCGUCAGCCCUGAUGAUGACGUGUUUGUCCACCUGGCUAAGGUGUACUCCUAUAACCACGCCUCCAUGCACCAAGGUGACCGCUGCUCCGGCAGGCCGUUCCUGGAGGGCAUCACCAACGGAUACCAGUGGUACCCUCUGAUAGGUGGGAUGCAGGACUACAACUACGUGUGGGCUCAGUGUUUGGAAUUGACUCUGGAGAUUUCCUGCUGUAAGUUUCCUCCCGUCAAACAACUUCCUGCCAUGUGGACGGAGAACAGGAAGUCUCUGCUGGCCUUCAUCCAGCAGGUCCACCUGGGGGUUAAAGGUCAGGUGUUUAACAGCUCAGGUGUGCCAGUGCAGAACGCAGAGGUGGAGGUGAAAGGUCGCAGGAACAUGUGUCCGUUCAGAACAGACAAACAUGGAGAAUACUACAGACUGCUGCUGCCUGGAAACUACACCUUCAAGGUGAGGUACCCGGGCCACGAGGAUUUAACCGAGACGUUUACCAUCCCACAUGGUCCAGAUCAAUACUCUGCCAUGAAACACAACUUCAGACUACGACAAAUCACCACGACGACCGGACACACAUCGGCUAAUCCCACUGAAGCUACCCUCACACCUACCUCUGAGCAAUCAUUAAACUGUAUGGGAGGCGGAGCCACAAACAGGCCCACAUGGUCGGGGUUAGGUUUGACACUGGGGCUGGUGGCGGUGCUACGAUAUCAGAUCGCCUGAAGGAGCGUUUGAUCAGCGCACGUUUAAAUGUAAGAAAUCAAAGAACAAAGCCUCACCGUGGAUCAGAGGUUUAUGGCGCGGCGUUCUAAGCCUGAACUUUGGGUUUACCAAUCGCCAACCAGAUUUGUCACCGCCAAACAUUCUUCUGAAGAUCUGAGACAGAAUGGAACGUGUCUUUGUAAAACAGGUGGAGCCCAUCUAUCGGCUUUUCUGACAGAAAACAUUUUGAAACUUGAACAAAUCAGACGUAGUGUUUUUAGAAACAAAAAAAUCUGCUUCUGAAUUAUUGUAGCUAACGAGCUUAUAGCUAACAUGCUAACAACCAGUAAGAAGCUAGCUACUUUUCUGAUUAGGAAGCUUCUGUUCAUGAACAAAUUUGGUAUUUGUUGAGAAUUUUAUGAGAAUAAGAAACAACACAGCGAAUAAAAACUGUAGCCGUCAAGCUAACAGACCGUAAGCUAGCAGCUAGCAGCCAGUAAAGCUAGCUUGUGUGCUAAAUCAAGCUGUAAGCACUGAGCUAACCUGUAAUAAGGAAGACACGUCCCACGCUUGUCCUUGUCAGAAGCAGUAGCCAAGUCAGCCGUUAAUCUGGCUAACUGGCAAUCUUUAGCUUUGCCACUUACUGGACCACACCCCCUUCACACCAGUUCUUACUGUCUACAUGCUGGGGGGGGACGCCACAUAGUCGACUGCGAGUCUCACAGUCCAGCAUGAAGAUCGUUCUUCUACUGCUCUGUGGGGGAGUAUAAUGUCUAACGUGAUAGAAGCAGUGUCCUUUAAUAUGAGUGGGAGGAGCUCCACCGUGUCCUUUAAUACGAGGGGGAGGAGCUCCAACGUGUCCUUUAAUACGAGGGGGAGGAGCUUCAACAUGUUCUUUAAUACGAGGGGGAGGAGCUCCACCGUGUCCUUUAAUACGAGGGGGAGGAGCUCCAUCGUGUUCUUUAAUACGAGGGGGAGGAGCUUCAUUAUGAGGAGUUUGAUGCUUUAGAAAGGGUCGUAUUAAGUCAGAGAAAAAGACAUAACAACAAUCAAAGUGUUGAAACUGUUCCGACACAAGUCUGAACCCUCUGAGGUGAGUUUACGACUCUGAGGUCAUCAGACGUGUUCAUACAGGCGUUCAUUCCGAUGUGUCGUUUCUGUUGGGGUGUUAAAUUCAUGCUCAGAGAACAGGUUAGUGGUUUCCAACCUGCGGUUUGAGACCCUCCAUUGGGCCUGAAAAAGAAUCUGAAUAAAAGAAGAACUGGGAGAAGGUAACCUCCGUCCGUACUAGGAGAAGGUAACCUCCGUCCGUACUGGGAGAAGGUUGACCCCUGGGCUCUCUCUAUUUACAGUUUUUAUAUUUAGUUAGACGAGUAUCCAUGACGUAUAUUUUCAAACGGGUUUUGAGUUCUCGCCGUCACUCAUCGUCCUUCAUCACGUGAUUUGCCAAAAACGGUUUCAGGUUUUUCUAUUUUUGUACUGUUUGAUACUCAACGCUGUGCCAUGUUGUUUCCAUGGAGACUGCAGGGGGUAACCCUGACCCCUGACCCUGCAGGGGGUUACCCUGACCCCUGACCCUGAAGGAAACUGUCUGCUCAGUCAGUCUGAAGUCUCAUUUCAUUUUUCUUAUUUACAUUUGAAGACAUUUCUUUCACAUUAAACCUCAAGUGCUGGACUUAGCUACACUCAUGCUUCAUGCUAAGCUAGGCUAACCAGUUGUUAGCCUAGCUUCAUGCUUAAAAUCAGGAUGAUGACGUUUAUCUUUGUGUCUGUUUUAAAUGUUUAUGAUGAUAAUAAAACAUCGUCCUGCCACGUC